GUCGAGUACCCAGAGCUGUAGCGUCUGUCAAUCAGCAUUUAUUAGCAUCUGAUGAUGUGGUUAGCUGCUGCUUGGAUUUAGGUGUACCCAGCAUUUCAUUUCGCAUUAAUGGACAGCCUGUACAAGGAAUGUUUGAGAACUUCAGUACAGAGGGGUUUUUCUUCCCUGUUGUAAGCUUAUCAGCAGGUGUAAAAGUUCGUUUCUUAUUGGGUGGACGUCACGGAGAGUUUAAAUUUCUGCCUCCUGCUGGCUAUGCUCCCUGUUAUGAAGCAUUGCUGCCAAAAGAGAAGAUGAAACUGGAACCAGUGAAAGAAUAUAAGAGAGAUUCUGAGGGAGUGAGGGAUUUGCUGGGUACAACACAAUUUCUCUCCCAAGCUUCCUUUAUCCCUUGUCCAAUAGAUACCAGUCAGAUUGCUCUUCCUUUUCAUCUUGAAAAGAUCAGGGACAAACUAGCUGAAAAUAUUCAUGAACUGUGGGGAAUGAAUAAAAUAGAACUGGGCUGGACGUAUGGCAAGAUACGGGAUGAUAAUAAAAGGCAUCAUCCUUGUCUUGUGGAAUUCUCAAAAUUACCUGAGACUGAGAAGAAUUAUAAUCUACAAAUGUCAACUGAAACCCUCAAAACCCUUUUAGCCCUUGGAUGUCACAUUGUUCACGCUCAUCCAGCAGCUGAGGAAGAUCUUAAAAAAGUCAAACUUCCUAAAAAUUACAUGAUGUCAAAUGGAUAUAAACCCGCCCCUCUUGAUCUUUCUGAAGUGAAAUUGUUACCUUCUCAAGAACUUCUAGUUGACAAACUAGCAGAAAACGCACAUAAUGUCUGGGCAAAAGACAGAAUAAAACAAGGAUGGACCUAUGGCAUUCAGCAGGAUCUUAAGAACAAACGUAAUCCUCGGCUAGUGCCAUAUGUGUUAUUAGAUGAACGUACUAAAAAAUCAAACAGAGAUAGUCUCCGUGAAGCUGUUAGAACAUUUGCAGGCUAUGGUUAUAGUAUUGAGCCACCUGACCAAGAGAUAGCUGACCAAACAGUGGAAAAAGUCAGCAUCGACAAGAUACGAUUUUUCAGAGUAGAACAGUCUUAUGCAGUGAAGUCUGGAAAGUGGUACUUUGAAUUUGAAGCUGUGACAGGUGGAGAUAUGCGUGUUGGCUGGGCCAGGCCAGGCUGUCGACCUGACGUAGAGUUGGGAGCUGAUGACCAAGCAUUUGUAUUUGAAGGAAGCAAAGGCCAGCGUUGGCAUCAGGGCAGUGGAUUCUUUGGACGAAGCUGGCAACCAGGAGAUGUGGUUGGUUGUAUGAUAAACUUGGAUGACAAAUCAAUUAUCUUUACUCUGAACGGAGAGUUGCUUAUAACCAGUAAAGGUUCAGAACUUGCGUUUGCUGACUUUGGAAUAGAAAGUGGUUUUGUUCCAAUUUGUGCACUGGGUCUAUCUCAGAUUGGUCGUAUGAACCUUGGAAUGGAUGCCAGUACAUUCAAGUAUUAUACAAUGUGCGGCCUUCAAGAAGGUUUUGAACCUUUUGCUGUCAACAUGAACCGAGAUGUUGCUAUGUGGUUUAGCAAACGCUUACCAACAUUUGUCAAUGUGCCAAAAAGUCAUCCUCACAUUGAGAUAUGGAGAAUUGAUGGAACCAUUGAGAGUCCACCUCGGUUAAAAGUUACUCACAAAACAUUUGGCACACAGAACAGCAAUUCAGACAUGAUAUACUGUCGUUUGAGUAUGCCCAUUGAGUUCCGCUCAUCAUUCAACUUGAGCAUGGGUGUGGAAAAUGCCUCAUCUGAUGUUUUCCAAAAACGAAAGCACAGCCAAGAAAUUGCCUCUGCUUCUACUACAUGUUUUUAUUCACUGCGGAUAUUUGCUGGUCAAGACCCAUCCUCUGUCUGGGUUGGCUGGGUAACACCAGACUAUCAUUUUUACAGUGAGAAUUUUGACCUAAAUAAAAACUGUACAGUGACAGUUACUUUAGGUGACGAGAGAGGCAGGGUUCAUGAAAGUGUGAAGCGCAGCAAUUGCUAUAUGGUUUGGGGAGGAGAUGUAAUGGCUAAUUCCCAGAGAUCAGGUCGCGGUAACGUUGAUUUAGAAAUCGGAUGCUUUGUUGACCUGGCUACUGGAAUGUUGUCAUUCACAGCCAAUGGAAAAGAGCUUGGCACUUGUUAUCAGGUUGAACCAAACACAAAGCUUUUUCCAGCAACUUUUGUACAGCCUACAAGCACUAACUUGAUUCAGUUUGAACUUGGUAAAUUAAAGAAUACCAUGCCUUUAUCAGCAGCAAUUUUUAAAAGCGAAGAAAGAAAUCCUGUUCCUCAGUGUCCCCCUCGCCUUGAUGUGCAAACAAUUACCCCUGUUUUAUGGAGCAGGAUGCCAAACAGCUUUCUAAAAGUAGAAACUGAGCGUGUCAGUGAACGUCAUGGCUGGGUUGUGCAGUGUUUGGAACCUCUGCAGAUGAUGGCACUUCAUAUCCCAGAAGAAAACAGAUGCGUUGAUAUUUUGGAACUAUGUGAACAAGAAGAUUUGAUGAAGUUUCACUACCACACUUUAAAACUCUAUAGCUCAGUUUGUGCUCUAGGUAACACUAGAGUUGCUUACGCACUUUGUAGCCAUGUGGACGUAUCUCAGCUAUUUUAUACAAUAGAUAAUCAAUACUUACCUGGACUUCUACGUUCUGGAUUCUAUGACUUGCUCAUUAGUAUUCAUUUGGAACAUGCCAAGCAAGCCAAGCUGAUGAUGAACAAUGAAUUUAUCAUUCCAGUUACAGAUGAAACUCGAACUAUUAAAUUAUAUCCUGAUGAAACAAAGAAGCAUGGUUUACCUGGAGUAGGCCUUAGCACUUGCCUGAAACCAGGCUUCAAUUUUUCUACUCCAUGCUUUAUUGUGACCGGUGAAGAACAUCAGACUUCCAGCCCAGAGAUACCCCUUGAUACACUUAAGUCCAAGGCCAUAAGUAUGCUAACAGAGGCAGUACAGUGUAGUGGUACUCAUAUACGAGACCCUGUUGGAGGACAGAUUGGAUUCCAGUUUGUUCCUGUUCUUAAACUGAUAGCAACAUUGCUCAUAAUGGGGGUUUUUGAUGAUGAUGAUGUGAAGCAGGUGUUGCUCCUCAUUGAUCCCAAUGUGUUUGGAGAUCAUAAGGAAGAAACAGAAGAGAGGACAGAGAAAGAAGAAGUUACACAAGUUGAAGAAAAAGCUGUAGAAGCUGGGGAGAAAGCUAUAAAAGAAACAAAAGCUCCUGCAAAGGGCUUAUUGCAGACAAGGCUACCAGAAUCUGUUAAGCUUCAGAUGUGUCAUUUACUCAAUUAUUUCUGUGACUGUGAGCUACAACAUAGAGUGGAAGCAAUUGUAUCAUUUGCAGACCGGUAUGUAUCAAAAUUGCAAUAUAAUCAGAAAUACAGGUACAAUGAACUCAUGCAAGCCUUGAACAUGUCUGCUGCUUUGACUGCCAGGAAGACAAAAGAAUUUCGGUCUCCUCCUCAAGAACAGAUUAAUAUGUUGCUGAAUUUUCAACUGGGAGAGGAUUGUCCUUGUCCAGAGGAGAUUCGGGAUGAGUUAUAUGAAUUUCAUGAUGACCUUCUAAUUCACUGUGGUAUUCCACUGGAAGAGGAGGAAGAGGAAGAGGAAGAUACCUCCCUGACUGGCAAACUCCGUUCAUUAAUGUACAAAAUCAAAGGUCCACCAAAAGCAGAAAAAGUAGAACCUAAGGAGGAAGAAGAGAAAUCUCCUACUACACUGAAAGAACUCAUAUCCCAGACUAUGGUGCGCUGGUCCCAGGAAGAUCAGAUUCAAGAUCCAGAAUUAGUUCGGAUUAUGUACACUCUUCUUCGUAGGCAAUAUGACAGCAUUGGUGAGCUACUGCAAGCUCUGAGGAAAGCGUACACUAUUAGUGCUGCCUCUGUGAAGGAUACCAUUAAUUUGCUUGCAGCACUGGGCCAGAUUCGCUCACUUCUCAGUGUCAGAAUGGGAAAAGAGGAGGAAUUGCUAAUGAUUAAUGGAUUAGGGGAUAUAAUGAACAACAAGGUGUUUUAUCAGCAUCCUAACUUAAUGAGAGUCUUGGGCAUGCAUGAGACCGUUAUGGAUGUGAUGGUGAAUGUGCUUGGAGGAGAUAAAUCUCAGAUCGUUUUUCCGAAGAUGGUGGCAAGCUGUUGUCGAUUCCUGUGCUACUUCUGUCGCAUUAGUCGUCAAAACCAAAAGGCCAUGUUUGAGCAUCUUACUUACUUAUUGGAAAACAGCAGCGUUGGACUGGCAUUUCCUUCGAUGAGAGGUUCGACACCACUAGAUGUUGCAGCAGCCUCUGUAAUGGACAACAAUGAGCUUGCACUAGCAUUGGAGGAGCCAGAUCUCGAUAAGGUUGUUACCUACUUGGCGGGUUGUGGCCUGCAGAGUUGUCCAGUACUGCUGGCCAAAGGAUAUCCAGACAUUGGAUGGAAUCCAAUAGAGGGUGAACGUUACCUGUCGUUCUUAAGAUUUGCAGUUUUUGUUAACAGUGAAAGUGUUGAGGAAAAUGCAAGUGUUGUUGUUAAGCUCCUUAUUCGACGGCCAGAGUGCUUUGGACCAGACCUUAGGGGAGAAGGAGGAAAUGGUUUGCUGGCAGCUAUGCAGGAAGCUAUCAGGAUCUCAGAGAAUCCUGCUCGUGACCUUCCCUCCCAGGCAUAUAAAAGAGAAGGUGAUGGUGAUGAUGAGGAGGAGGAGAUUGUGCACAUGGGCAAUGCAAUCAUGUCAUUUUACUCAGCUCUCAUAGAUUUACUUGGACGCUGUGCCCCAGAACUGCAUCUUAUUCAAAGUGGAAAAGGGGAAGCUAUUCGAAUCAGGUCAAUCCUUCGAUCGCUAGUGCCAACUGAAGAUUUGGUUGGGAUUAUAAGUAUACCAUUAAAGCUGUCAACAGUUAACAAAGAUGGCACAGUAAACGAGCCAGACAUGUCUGCAAAUUUCUGUCCUGAUCAUAAAGCACCCAUGGUACUCUUCUUGGACCGUGUCUAUGGUAUUAAAGACCAAAGUUUCCUCCUUCACCUACUGGAAGUUGGAUUUUUACCAGAUUUAAGAGCCUCUGCCUCUUUGGAUACAGUUUCUCUAAGUACCACAGAGGCAGCUCUCGCACUGAAUAGAUACAUUUGCUCAGCUGUGUUUCCAUUACUCAAAAGAUGCGCUCCCCUCUUUUCUGGAACAGAGCAUCACGCCUCUCUGGUUGACUCCAUGCUUCACACAAUAUAUAGGUUAUCCAAGGGACGUUCUCUUACAAAAGCACAAAGAGACACUAUUGAAGAAUGCCUGCUUGCUAUUUGCCACCACUUACGUCCCUCUAUGCUACAGCAGCUGUUGAGAAGGCUAGUUUUUGAUGUGCCCCUACUCAAUGAAUACUGUAAAAUGCCUCUCAAGCUUCUGACAAAUCACUAUGAGCAGUGCUGGAAAUAUUAUUGUCUGCCUUCAGGAAUGGGAAGCUAUGGAAUUGCAGCAGAAGAAGAAUUACAUUUAACUGAAAAACUUUUCUGGGGAAUAUUUGAUUCUUUAUCUCAUAAGAAGUAUGAUCCAGAGCUCUUUCGAAUGGCUUUGCCUUGUCUAAGUGCUAUAGCUGGUGCCUUGCCCCCUGAUUAUUUAGAUACACGAAUUAGGUCAACUUUGGAAAAACAAACUUCAGUGGAUCCAGAAGGAAAUUUUGAUCCCAAGCCUGUCAGCACAGCAAACCUUGUUCUUCCUGAAAAGUUGGAGUAUAUUGUUAGCAAGUAUGCUGAACAUUCCCAUGAUAAAUGGGCCUUUGACAAGACUAAUAGUGGAUGGAAAUACGGUGUUUCACUGGAUGAAAAUACGAAGACUCACCCAUUAAUAAGACCUUUCAAAACUUUAACUGAAAAGGAAAAGGAAAUUUAUCGUUGGCCUGCUAGGGAAUCACUGAAAACCAUGUUGGCCAUGGGAUGGAGCCUGGAAAGGACCAAGGAAGGAGGAGAAGCGGUAAUGCAUCAGCGUGAAAAUGAAAAGCUCCGCAGCAUAUCUCAGUCUAGCCAGGGAAAUGGGUAUAGCCCAGCACCACUUGAUCUCUCUAAUGUGGUGCUUUCUAGGGAGCUUCAGGGAAUGGUCGAGGUAAUGGCAGAAAACUACCAUAAUAUAUGGGCCAAGAAGAAGAAAAUGGAGUUGGAAAGCAAAGGUGGAGGUAGUCAUCCUUUAUUGGUACCUUACGACACAUUGACAGCCAAGGAGAAAUUACGGGACCGUGAAAAGGCACAAGAGUUGUUUAAAUUCCUUCAAGUCAAUGGUAUAAUCAUAUCUCGGGGUCUGAAUGAGAUGGAUUUGGAUGCUUCAUCCAUGGAAAAGAGGUUUGCCUUUAAGUUUCUGAAGAAAAUUUUAAAAUAUGUUGAUUCUGCUCAAGAGUUUAUUGCACAUUUAGAAGCCAUUGUAACCAGUGGGAAAACUGAAAAAUCUCCACAUGACCAAGAAAUAAAAUUCUUUGCCAAAGUUCUUUUACCAUUAGUUGAUCAGUACUUUACAAAUCACUGCCUCUACUUCCUGUCUUCUCCAACAAAAACACUCAGUAGCAGUGGAUAUGCAUCAAAUAAGGAAAAGGAAAUGGUAGCAAGCCUGUUCUGCAAACUAGCUGCUCUUGUUAGACAUAGGAUCUCACUUUUUGGUAGUGAUUCUGCUACAAUGGUGAACUGCCUGCACAUCUUAGCUCAGUCUCUUGACACAAGAACUGUUAUGAAAUCAGGAUCUGAGCUUGUUAAAGCUGGGUUGCGUGCCUUUUUUGAAAAUGCAGCUGAAGACCUGGAAAAAACUUCAGAAAAUCUUAAACUUGGGAAAUUUACCCAUGCGCGAACACAAAUCAAGGGUGUUUCACAGAAUAUCAAUUAUACUACAGUAGCAUUGUUACCGAUCUUGACAUCAAUUUUUGAACAUAUUUCACAAUAUCAGUUUGGAAUUGAUUUACUUUUGGGUGAUGUACAAGUUUCAUGUUACAGAAUUCUUUGUAGCCUCUAUUCCCUUGGGACUGGGAAGAACAUCUAUGUUGAAAGGCAGCGUCCCGCACUUGGUGAAUGUUUAGCAUCUCUUGCAGCAGCCAUUCCAGUAGCAUUCCUUGAACCUUCUCUCAACCAUUACAAUCCGUUGUCUGUCUUCAACACAAAAAGUGCAAGAGAAAGAGCAAUUUUAGGUAUGCCUGAUACAGUGGAAGAGAUGUGCCCAGAGAUCCCUCAGCUGGAUGGACUAAUAAAGGAAAUUAAUGAUUUAGCAGAGUCUGGAGCAAGGUAUACUGAAAUGCCUCAUGUAAUUGAGGUUAUCUUACCCAUGCUGUGCAACUAUUUAUCCUACUGGUGGGAAAGAGGGUCUGAGAGUGUUCCUCCAAGUGCUGGGCCUUGCUGUACAAGGAUAACAUCGGAGCAUCUGAGCAUAGUUCUUGGAAACAUUCUGAAAAUCAUUAACAACAAUCUGGGAAUAGAUGAAGCAUCUUGGAUGAAAAGAAUAGCAGUUUAUGCUCAACCCAUCAUCAGCAAAGCCAGGCCUGAUCUCCUCAAAACUCACUUUAUUCCAACACUGGAGAAAUUGAAGAAGAAAGCUAUAAAGAUUGUGAUGGAAGAGGAGCAACUGAGAGCAGACAGUAAAAGUGACACCCAAGAAGCUGAGCUACUCAUUCUCGAUGAAUUUGCUGUUCUUUGCAGAGACCUUUACGCCUUCUAUCCAAUGUUGAUACGUUAUGUAGACAACAACAGAGCCAAUUGGCUAAAGAAACCAGAUGCAGAUUCUGAUGAACUCUUUCGAAUGGUAGCUGAAGUUUUUAUCCUGUGGUGCAAAUCGCAUAAUUUUAAAAGAGAAGAACAAAAUUUUGUGAUUCAGAAUGAAAUCAACAAUUUGGCAUUUUUAACAGGAGACACCAAGAGCAAGAUGUCUAAAGCCAUGCAAGUAAAGUCUGGAGGACAAGAUCAAGAGAGAAAGAAAUCAAAACGUAGAGGGGAUUUGUACUCCAUACAAACAUCCUUGAUAGUAGCUGCACUUAAAAAGAUGCUUCCUAUUGGCUUGAAUAUGUGUACUCCUGGAGAUCAAGAGCUCAUCGCUUUGGCUAAGUCUAGAUACAGCCAUAGGGACACUGAUGAUGAAGUCAAAGAACAUUUACGUAACAACUUACAUUUGCAGGAAAAGUCUGAUGAUCCAGCUGUGAAAUGGCAGUUAAAUCUAUACAAAGACAUUUUGAAGAGUAAUGAGCCUACUGACCCUGAGAAAAAUGUGGAACGUGUGCAGAGGAUAUCAGCUGCUUUAUAUCAUCUGGAACAGGUUGAACAACCACUGAGAUCAAAGAAAGCUGUUUGGCACAAACUCCUGUCAAAACAACGCAAAAGGGCUGUUGUUGCGUGUUUCAGAAUGGCACCAUUAUACAACCUGCCAAGGCACCGUUCUAUUAACCUCUUCCUCCAUGGCUAUCAGAACUAUUGGAUAGAAACAGAGGAAUAUUCAUUUGAGGAGAAACUAGUUCAGGAUUUGUCUACACUUCCAAAGAAAGAGGAAGAGGAAGAAGAAGAGAUGGAGAAAACACAGCCUGAUCCACUUCAUCAGAUUAUCCUCUAUUUCAGUCGCAGUGCUCUCACAGAGAGAAGCAAACUAGAAGAUGAUCCUUUAUAUAUUGCCUAUUCUGCCAUGAUGGCAAAGAGCUGUCAGGAAGAAGAAGAGGAAGAAGAAGAAGAAGAAAAAGAAAAGACAUUUGAGGAGAAAGAAAUGGAAAAACAGAGAACUCUCUACCAGCAAGCUCGUUUACAUGACCGUGGAGCUGCUGAAAUGGUCCUUCAGAUGAUUAGUGCAAGCAAAGGUCAUACAGGACCCAUGGUUGUUGAAACACUGAAACUUGGUAUUGCUAUUCUAAAUGGUGGAAAUAGCAUAGUUCAACAGAAAAUGCUAGACUACCUGAAGGAGAAAAAGGAUGCUGGAUUUUUUCAAAGUCUCUCUGGCUUGAUGCAGUCCUGCAGUGUUCUUGACUUGAAUGCAUUUGAGAGACAAAAUAAAGCAGAAGGCCUGGGAAUGGUUACUGAAGAAGGAACUCUCAUCGUUCGUGAGCGUGGUGAAAAAGUAUUGCAGCAUGAUGAAUUUACUCGAGAUCUAUUUAGAUUUUUACAACUACUCUGUGAAGGGCAUAACAAUGACUUUCAAAAUUACCUACGUACUCAGAUGGGCAACACCACAACAGUAAAUAUUAUCAUUAGUACGGUUGACUAUCUCUUGCGUCUUCAGGAAUCUAUCAGUGACUUCUAUUGGUACUAUUCAGGAAAGGAUGUCAUUGAUGAAUCAGGACAACGUAACUUCUCUAAAGCUUUGGCGGUCACCAAACAAAUAUUCAAUUCCCUUACAGAAUAUAUCCAGGGCCCUUGCAUAGGCAAUCAACAGAGUCUGGCUCAUAGCAGGCUGUGGGAUGCAGUUGUUGGCUUUCUUCAUGUCUUUGCCAAUAUGCAGAUGAAACUUUCACAGGACUCUGCUCAGAUUGAAUUGCUUAAAGAACUGCUAGAUCUGCUAAAGGAUAUGGUAGUGAUGCUCUUGUCGCUGCUUGAAGGUAACGUUGUAAAUGGAACCAUUGGAAAACAAAUGGUAGACACACUUGUAGAAUCAUCUAGCAAUGUUGAAAUGAUUUUGAAGUUCUUUGACAUGUUCCUCAAGUUAAAAGAUCUGACUAACUCAGAUGCUUUCAAAGAGCAUGACCCAGAUGGUAAAGGCAUCAUUUCAAGGAAGGAAUUCCAGAAAUCAAUGGAGGCUCAAAAACAAUACACACAGUCAGAGAUUGAAUUCAAAACAGAAGCAGAUGAAAAUGAUAUGUUUAACUAUGUUGAUUUUGUGGAACGAUUCCAUGAACCAGCCAAAGACAUUGGAUUUAAUGUAGCAGUAUUGCUAACAAACCUCUCAGAGCACAUGCCUAAUGAUUCACGCCUUCAGAGCUUACUUGAGCCUGCGGAAAGUGUUCUUAAUUAUUUUGAACCAUACCUUGGCCGUAUUGAAAUAAUGGGUGGAGCCAAGAAAAUAGAAAGAGUUUAUUUUGAAAUCAGUGAAUCCAGUAGAAUGCAAUGGGAGAAGCCACAGGUGAAGGAAUCCAAAAGGCAGUUCAUAUUUGAUGUUGUAAAUGAAGGUGGAGAGCAAGAAAAAAUGGAACUCUUUGUGAAUUUCUGUGAAGACACAAUCUUUGAAAUGCAGUUAGCGUCCCAGAUCUCUGAAACUGAUUCAUCUGAGAGGCCUGAGGAAGAGGAAGAGGCUGAGCCUUGUUAUGUAGUGGAUAUUGGAGAUGAUGAGGAAGAAGAAAAGGCCCUGGAAUCUGCUUCAGCUUUUGCAAUGGCCUGUGUUGCGGUGAAGAAGAAUGUCGCCAACUUUUUUAAAAUGAUCACUGUGAAGAACCUAAGGAAACAAUACAGAAAAGUUAGAAAGAUGAGUGUAAAAGAGAUGGUGAAAAUGUUUUUUUCCUUUUUCUGGAUCCUAUUCGUAGGGAUGUUCCAGCUAUUUUUUUCUAUAGUGUGGGGAAUUUUCCAGAUUCUUUGGAGCACUGUAUUUGGGGGUGGCCUGGUUGAAGGAGCCAAAAACAUUAAAGUUACUAAAAUAUUAGGGGACAUGCCUGACCCAACACAGUUUGGAAUCCAUGAUGAUGUUAUGGAAGCAGAAAAGGCUGAAGGCACUGAGCAUGGCAUCAGAGCUGAACUUGUGCAGUUUGUGAAGGGUGAAAAGGGAGAAACUGACAUAAUCUCAGAUAUUUUUGGCAUUCAUACAAAGAAGGAAGGUGGCUCAAAACAUGGUCAUGAUGCUGGACUUGGAGAUAUUGCAGAAAUCCUUGGUAACGAUAUCCAGUCGUCUUUGGAAAACACAGUUCAUAAGAAAAAAGGAUUACAGAUACCUGAAAUUACAAAAGAAGCUGAAACAGAAAGAAAAGCAGAAGCUGAGAAGGCUGA